AUGAUCAAACAUCGUUUAACAACUUAUAUUAUUGUUUUAAAUGAAAUGGCUAACAAAUGUAAUAAGUUUGCAAUUUGUAAAGCUUGUAAAGAAGCUAUUUCUCAAGAAUAUGCAUAUUCUAAAAAAAUAGUUAAUACAAAAAAAUGUGUUAAAGCACAUUUAUCAAAAUGUGAAUAUUUUUUUGCGAAGUAUGGUAAAGAAGAAGGAGAAAAUAUUCUUAAUAAAUCAGAUAAUGAAACAGCUAAAAAUAAUAAAAAUUUUAAAAAACGAUCAAAUGAUUAUCAAGAAAGUGAAACUGAUUCAGAUAGUAAUUCAACUAUAUUUAAUACUAAAACUAAACCACUUGAUCAAUAUAUAACACAUCCUUUAAAUUCUGCCCAACAAAAAAAAUGGUGGUAUCUUUUACUUAAAGCUACAAUUUCUAAUGGAUGGAGUUUUCGCUGGGUUGAAAAUAAAGAUUCAAAAGAAAUUUUUACUUUUUUAAAUUCUACUUUAAAACUUCCAACUCGAAAAUAUUUAACACAAAUUAAAGGUGUAAUUAAUCAAACACAGCGAAACCAAGAACUUGAAAUGAUAAAACAAAUGUACUAUUCAACUUCAGCCAUAAAUACUAGUGAACUAGAAGAAUAUAAUGAAUCUGACGAACAAAAUGAUAACUCCGAUUCAGAAAGUUUGGAAAGUGAAGAAGACAGAGAUACUAAUAAUUGGGAUAACAUUAUGUUAAUGCUAAAUCAAAU